AAAGGGGUAAAAUCGUGAAAACGGAAAAGGAAAGGUGGUAUGGUGAGUCUCUUUUUCUUUUAGUCUCCCUAGUCUCUGUCUAUCUAGUCUCUCUCUCUGCCUUCUAUUUCUUGCAUUACAUCCUGAUACAGAGAGAUCCGAGGGGUUCGAGCCAAAACCCUAACCCUAAGAUAUCACCUACAGCUCUCUAGCUUCUCUCAAUCAUAUUCAUUAUCAGACAUGGCUGCUGCAGCACCAGAGGGAUCUCAAUUUGAUGCUCGCCAGUAUGAUGCUAGAAUGAAUGAACUUGAAGCCGAUGGCCAAGAUUUCUUUACUACAUACGAUGAGGUUUAUGACACUUUUGAUGCAAUGGGAUUGCAAGAGAAUCUUCUUAGGGGCAUUUAUGCUUAUGGUUUUGAGAAGCCAUCUGCAAUUCAGCAAAGGGGGAUUGUACCAUUCUGCAAGGGACUUGAUGUAAUUCAACAAGCACAGUCUGGAACAGGAAAAACGGCAACCUUUUGCUCUGGAAUUCUACAGCAACUUGACUACAGCUUAAUUCAGUGCCAAGCAUUGGUCCUUGCACCAACUCGAGAAUUAGCACAACAAAUUGAGAAGGUUAUGCGGGCAUUAGGUGACUACCUUGGUGUUAAGGUUCAUGCUUGUGUAGGUGGGACCAUUGUUCGUGAAGAUCAACGGAUUCUCUCAAGUGGGGUUCAUGUGGUUGUUGGUACACCUGGCCGUGUGUUUGACAUGUUAAGGAGGCAAUCUCUCCGCCCUGAUAACAUAAAGAUGUUUGUGUUGGAUGAAGCAGAUGAAAUGCUCUCACGAGGUUUUAAGGAUCAGAUCUAUGAUAUUUUCCAGUUACUGCCACCACAAAUUCAAGUAGGGGUUUUCUCUGCUACAAUGCCUCCUGAAGCCCUUGAGAUCACAAGGAAGUUUAUGAACAAACCUGUCAGGAUUCUGGUGAAACGUGAUGAGCUUACCCUUGAGGGUAUCAAGCAAUUUUAUGUCAAUGUUGAGAAGGAGGAAUGGAAGCUUGAGACGCUUUGUGAUCUCUAUGAGACCUUGGCAAUCACCCAAAGUGUCAUUUUUGUGAAUACUAGGCGUAAGGUAGAUUGGCUUACAGACAAGAUGCGGAGUCGUGACCAUACAGUGUCUGCUACCCAUGGAGAUAUGGACCAAAAUACAAGGGACAUCAUCAUGAGAGAAUUCCGAUCUGGAUCCUCUCGUGUACUUAUCACCACUGAUCUCUUGGCUCGUGGUAUUGAUGUUCAGCAAGUCUCUCUUGUGAUCAAUUAUGAUCUCCCAACACAACCAGAGAACUACCUUCAUCGAAUUGGUCGUAGUGGAAGAUUUGGGAGAAAAGGUGUUGCCAUCAACUUUGUGACCAGGGAUGAUGAAAGGAUGCUAUUUGACAUCCAGAAGUUUUACAAUGUUGUUGUGGAGGAGCUUCCAUCAAAUGUUGCUGAUCUUAUUUGAUGCUGUUUUGAGUUGGCUGGGUAAAUGGCUCCUUGGAAAUGACAAGUAUUAGUGGUCUGUUGCCCUUACAGCUGGAAGAGAUUUUUGUUCCUGCAGAAUGAGAUGGGUUCCCUUUACCAUUUAGCAUCUGAUGUUCAAAUUUUGAUUUGGUGUCUAAGUAAGAAAAGUAUGUAGCAUUGUUCUAGUUUUAUUCUAAAUCUUGUUGCUUUAUCUGUGUUUUUAUUUUUCUACUCUAGUUUCUGUAUUUGAGAGUAUUAUGUAGAGUGGGAGCGUGAUUAUUUUAGAACAUUGGACUCGGAUUUUUAUUGAUAUGGUGGUAAGUUAAUUCAUUUCCGCUCUCUAGCUACUGAAUUGGCAUGAUUGUUUGAGAGUUUUGGUCUGAUCUAGAGGUUCUAUUCAUCUAGGCUUGGCCCGUGGUGUUUAGCAUUCUUUCAGAUACGGAAAUUGUGCUGAUCUCUGCUGAAGCAAGACCUAAUGACAAAUUCUGAGGGGGUGAGGCUGUCUGGCUCCCUUGGUCUCAAAAUCGUUUCUUGGGUUCAAUUUUUCUGAAACACGCUAGUGAGUGAAUGGUGAACAUGAUCCAGGGAAUCCUCUCUGCCUCUAGAGGCUGCGGAAGUGCUUUACAGCUAAGGUAAGAUAAUGUGAUCUAUCUAUUUGAGGCAAAUAGAUACUCUUUGAUUGGAAAGUCUAUCUGAGCAACGAGUGCUUAAGAUAUUGGUUGAACUAUUUCUUGGUCAUCCUCAUCCGUUUUAGAGCCUUUGCUAAAAUCCUGGGCUGUCUGGCCUACUGACUUUUUAGCUUUUCGCCCAUAUAAUGUGGUUAGCACUUAGCUUCUCCACUUCCACCGAGCAAAAGCCUCUCGUCCUACAAUUACGUUAAAGUUGAUAACUUUUGUGGAGCCAGGCCCCUGAUGCAGCUUAUCACUAUCGAUGAUUAAAGCCACUGCCCGUAGGGUAAACCGCGGAUAAGAAGUGUUCCAAAGCAUAUAAAAAGGAUGAUGCCACUAACUUUAAUGCUCCUCCAAGAAAAAAGUGCUGGCCUUUCCUUUGCUUAACUAUUGGGUUUUAGGUUUGCUUAACUAUUGGGUUUUAGGUUUGGGUAUUGUAUAACAAGGUUGCAUUUAAUAUCAGAAAGGACUUCCAAAAAGACUUAUGAAAGCAUUUUGGGACCCCAAAUGCAUGCGAGUUAUGCCUAAAUUUCUCAUGUCAAGCUUUCAACGAGUAAGAAAAAAGAAUGAAGUUGAGUUUUUGGACUGCUUCAAAGGGUAUUGAGUUUGGGAGAAAUUAUUUUCAAAGCCAACGUGAUGGAUUAGUGAGCUGGUUUUGGUUUGAGAAACAAGCGACAUAAAAACAACAACAGGUUGGAUGUUGGUUUCGGGUUGUUAGAGGUGAUUUUUGUUAUUUGUGGUUUUUUAAUCAGUUGAUCUUAGUUAUUGAUGGAACAGACAAACGCAAAAAUAGUUGAAU